GUGGUGUUUAUGGGGUUCUUUAGGGUUAAAAAGACGCACCCCUUUUUAUGGUUAUUAGCCUGACCACAGAUGGGGGGGAAAAUGGCGUCUGCCAUGAAGCGAAAAUGUGUGAUUGAUGUUGACAUCAGACAUGACAGUGUUUUGAGAGUUGCAAAUGCAACGCAUACUUUAUGUAUCGCAAAUCAAAGGUUUUCAGACGCGGUAAAGCUUUCUCCUCACAGGAUUAACCGGAGCAAUGCAGGGGGAGGUGUCCCGUUCUCUAAAGCGUUUUGUGAAACGAUCGGGUACGCUGUAGAAUUCAUGUUCGGAGAUGUGUUCCAGUCAGGCAUUAAAGUGAUUACAGACUUUUUGUAUCAGAAAACGUUACCAGCUGACAAAAUGGACAGUCUCCUGCUAAGGAAACUCUUGGACUUCGUAAAAGACGAAAGAAGAAUAAAAGUUUAUCACGAGAAGCUGAGUGGGACAGAACUGGCAGUAACAUUAACGAAUCAUCUCUUUGGAAAACUAGCGACACUCGGGAGUUACCUUGUUGACAGGUGUGAUGCUGGUGAAAAAGAAGUUGAAUGCUCUUGUAUUGAUCAGUCGUGUGAGACAGCCGGUCGUUAUGGAGAUACCAGUAUAGGAAACAUAGACGUUUGGCAUGGAGAUGUGGAUGUACUUAUCAAUAAUGACCUGAUUGUGCAGCAUUUGAAGGACCCACCAAGAAGCCGUGGAGAAAAUGAAAGUAGCCCUGGGGGGCAAACUCCUGUUGAAGCGAAAGUAAACUGUAGUGUUCUCGCAGGAAAUCCACACAUUACUGCACAGACCACCGUGUUUUCGUUUCUUCAGAAGAAGACACAUCCAGAGAGAGAUCAUUUUUUAAUUCCGUGUUUUGGAGUUGGGAAUUCUACCCUAGUGGUGGUGUUUUACGAUUCGGAGCACGAUGUUCUGCUAGAGAGUACCCACAUACCCCUGUUUCGUUCAUCAGGUUGCGACGAAUAUGAAUUUAACGAUACUGCAAUUAUAGUUUCAUGGCUGACGGUCAAUUACAAAUAUCUGUGUUCUGGUGUAACUGAGGACAUGAAAAGUUUUAAGGGAGAUUUUUUCGAGGAUGUGAGAGAAAAAAUGAAGAUAUACGAAGGAGAACUACAACUAGGAAAUAUUGCUUAUCCUGUGUGGAAUGUUCUUAAGAAAUCAUUACAGUUUAGUUCAUUUUUGGAGGAACAGGAGAUGAAACUUGUAGCAAUAAUCCACAGAGAAAUGAGAGAACAAGGAGGUAUUGAGUAAGACUGAAUCGUGUCUCAAAUAAAUCAGACAACAAGGAUGUGUUGAAUAAGACUGAAUCGUGUCUCAAAUAAAUAAGACAACAAGGAAGUAUUGAGUAAGACUGAAUCGUGUCUCAAAUAAACAUGAAAUAUUCGCAAGUCAUAACAAUGCAGAUAUAUGAAUAUGGGGAAACGUUCAAUGACCUAUGGCAAGUGUAUUCAUAUCCAUUUUAGAAUGAUAAACCACACAAAUGACUGUCCUAGAAUGUAAACAUGAUAAACCACACAAAUGACUGUCCUAGAAUGAAAACAUGAUAAACCACACAAAUGACUGUUCUAGAAUGUAAACAUGAUAAACCACACAAAUGACUGUUCUAGAAUGUAAACAUGAUAAUCCACACAAAUGACUGUUCUAGAAUGUAAACAUGAGAAACCACACAAAUGACUGUCCUAGAAUGUAAACAUGAUAAACCACACAAAUGACUGUUCUAGAAUGUAAACAUGAUAAACCACACAAAUGAUUGUCCUUUUGUUUUAAAAAAAAAUGAAAAAUAUCUUUAAUGGUCUUCAUGUUGCAUGUAGAAUGAUAAACACAAUGAAAUACAAUUCAUGUAAGUGUAAUAUUCAUAGAGAACUGAUGUAUGUAGAGCGCCAUGUUAAAUGUGCAGCCUUGAGCUCAAAUGACCAAGAAACUGAACAUGCUAGAAUUGCUUUAUGGAACCCAUUGAGCAAGUAUUAUUUGUAUAAACAAUAAUUAGAAAACAAUGUGUUCGAAGAAAAUAGUUUGAUUUUAUCAACCUGUAUUAAAUGAAUAUAUUUCUGACAUUAUGAACAGUUAUGAAUUCGGAUUAAAUUUAAUAACAUUGA